UUAACAAUUCGUGAUUAUCAUACGAAUAAGCCUUCAACAUCACGUAUAAACCAUAGAUAUUGGUUUAUGAGUUUUUUACCGCUUUGUCCAUUGGUAUAGAAAGUAUUCGGAAAAAUAGACACCGGAUGCACAAAUAUGCACAGGAGAUCGUCGGCGGUCGGAGUUUCUACGAAGUCUUGAGAUGUUUUGACUACAAGACCAAUAUCGGAUUAUCGUGUAGUCAACAUUAAUUUUUCAUCAUUUUAAGAUGAUUCAUAUCUGUUUUUGAAAUACAAAAUGACAGCCCGCUGGUCGGUAAUUUAAGAGCUUCGCAUUCCACGAUAGAUCAUGCAUGACCCGUCGAACAAACGUCAACGUAACUAAAGAAUUUGCAAAAGACAGAGACUGUCAAACUGCCCAGACAAGUAAUUUGUAAAGGAAACGAUCAAAAUAUUCGCAAAGCAAUUAAAUUCUUUUCAAACAAGGCGGCAAAAGAGCAGAGUAGCUGCGUGAAGCAAUCACAAGAGAUAUGGACAACCAAAGUGAUGUGAUCCACUGCGAUGGUCUGUACAUUACUUAUUACUCAAAAUAUCCGGCCAAAGGCCCGGAGUUUGUGAUCAACGUUUUCAUUAUCGCAGCCAAUGUUCUCUUAAGCAUAUUGGGAAGUGUCGCCAAUAUGGCAAUAAUGAUAUCAUAUUAUCGAAACAAACGACUUCGCUCGGAACACACGAUGUUGUUAUGCAUCCUUGCAACAAUUGACUUUACGAUUACCGCAGUCCUUCAGCCCCUAUUUGUCGUAAAACGAUUCUCCGUUAUUCUAGGAACAUUCGACCACUGUAAACUGUCGAAUAUGAUCAGUCUAUUUUCACUUGUAUGUAUUAACAUCUCCAUGCUUCUACUGAUAUUUUUUGUUGAGAGAUUCAUCGCUUUGCGUUUUUCAUAUCGCUACAAACUUAUUGUGACCAGGUCGCGUAUAGCUAUCGCAGUCUUUGGGGCUUGGUUACUAGUGUUAGGAAUGGUUUUUCUACAGAUAUUCCGCGAUAAGCCCACUCCAUUGUAUCUGUUGUAUGCGAUAUUGACCGUUAUAACGGUUUUUGUAUGCCUGUCGCUCGGUUUAUGGACGGAAAAUUUACUACGUCGUCAUCGCAAGACAAUCAAACGAACCCAAACCGCUUCACUUUCACAGGCCCAGAUCAAAGCACGAAAGAAGACGAAGCGACUAACAAGAACGGCACAACUUAUCAGUGCAACGCUUUUGGCGUGUUACAUUCCCAGCGCUAUCGCUGCAACUUAUGAAGUCUUGUAUGAUGAAAAGAACCUUUGGUACUAUGAAAUUGUGCGUCCGUGCGUGAUCACCUUGUUUUACAUCAAUUCGGCACUUGAUCCUUGUGUGUUAUUAUGGAGAAAUCAUGACAUGAGAAAGACCGCCACUCAUCUUUUUGACAAUACGCGUUGGUUAAGCUCAACAACCUUUCAUUAAAUCAUCUCUGCAACUCAAUUCACGCAACGCAACUCGAAACUACCAAAGGGAGCGUCAAUUAUCACUUUAAAACGUGUGGUCCCGAGAAUACGGUUCGCGUUAGCUACUGUAUGUGUAAGAAUAACGUCCAAACUUACUCUUUCUUGUAGUCAGGUGUAGUAUUGAUUUCUUUAUCGUCCUCUUGCUCGCGUGGAUCUUUGAGAACGAAGUCAACUGUAUAAUGAAACAAAUUACUUUCGUGAAACUGUGAUUAAGAGAGGAUUGCAUGAGGUAACGAAUAAAUGAUGUAGAAUUGCAUAUAACGAACCUAUAGCUUUCUUCACACUUAGUAAAUAAUCUUCACGCAUUUCAUCGGAGAGAUUUUCAAUACUAAGAUCACGACCAUCCUGUAAUUAAAUGGAAAACACCUGAAUCUUCUUCAUCAAUAAAACAUGGCUGGCUGUUAAACACUUUAA